AUGGGAACACAGCAAAAAGCCAAGUGUAUUACAUUGAAAGGCUCCGCUGAACUUGUUAAAAAAUAUUUACAGUAUGGCGUCAAUAGUAUACUUUAUCAACGGGGUAUCUAUCCUCCUGAAACAUUCGAGCCCGCUGAACAAUUUGGUAUGUUUAUUUUGAUGUCUACCGAUGACAAGAUCAAGACCUUCCUCGAUACGGUUCUAUCUCAAGUGGAAGAGUGGCUGCUUCAACGCAAAGUACAGCAAGUGACUCUUGUUAUUACAAAUGUAAAUACCAAGGAAGUAUUGGAGAAGUGGGAUUUCAAGGUCGACUAUGAGGGCAAAGCUGAGUCUACUGAUGGGAAUAAUCCAUCUGCUCUCCCUGAAGUUGGGACUAAAGAUGUACCUAGUACUGUAAGCUUUCUACCACUUCUGGACUGUCUCUGCUCCUUUGAUAUAUUAACUUACACCGUGCCAGACUGUGGAAUACCAAAGGAAUGGGAUGAAACUCAGCCAGUCUUUAUUGCUAACAGCCAAGAAGUGCAGUUAAGAUCAUUUUCUACGUCUAUACAUAAAAUGGAUACAAUAUAUAAUAUUUUAAUAAGAAAUGAGGAUGAUAAUUUGUACGACGACGGAGACUACUGCGAAGCGUCGUGUUUUAUCGAGGUCGACGUCUUGAGUCGACGGUGCAUCGUCCCCUCACAUGUAUAA